UCUGCAGCUCUUUAGUCCACAUAUAAACCCACUAAAGAAAGAAAGAAAGAGCUCGCGUGUGAUGUGUUUGUGUAUCAUCAGUGUUUUUCUCUCUUGAGUGUUUUAUUGAGUGUAAACAGAGUCUUGUCUCUGUGUAUUUUAGUGUUGAUGAUGGAUGUGAUGUGCUGUAAAUCAGUAGGAACUGAUCUGUCCAUGCUGGAUAUUGAUGAUUUCAUCACAGAAAUCUCUCAGCUGAAGAAAGAGGUGUCGUUACUGGAGACAAAGCUGAGGUUAAGAGGAGAUGAAGGACUGAAGAGAGAGGACUCCGAGCUCAGUCUGACUUUACUCUGUUAUACUGAGUCAAAGCACACAGACGCUCAGGACACUACAGUGUGUGACAGUAAUCAGGACUUACAGGAUGAUGAAUCUACUGAUCAAACCUCCACAGAGUCUCUGGAUUCUGUCUGUAACGCUGGAGAACAGCAGCAGAUCCUGCAGACCAAACUCAAGAUGUGUUCAGUCAAACUCAUAGACUGCAAGAAAGUCAUGAUGAAGAUCAAAACAAAACCUAAACCAAAUGAACAUGAAGGCGAUCAUCAUGGUCAUGAUUUUAUUUCAUCAGAUGUGAGGAGUGAAUUAUGUUUGGAUGGAGAAAUAACAUCUUCGACUCUUUCCUGCAUCACCGGUGAAGAGACAUUGAGCUCACGGAGACAUUUAGACAGACAUGAGAGAAAACGCACAAAACAGAAACGCUUCACCUGCACCAAAUGUAAGAUGAGCUUUACUACCUUACAAGAAAAGAGACGUCAUUAUUCAAAAGUGCACAAUGAGAAGAAGAAGCAAUUUCACUGUCAGCAGUGUGGGAAGGUUUUUGUCUUCUUAUCUCAGCUAAAACGUCACAUGAGGACCCACAAUGGUGAAAAGCCUUUCCACUGCACUGAAUGUGGCAAUUACUUCACCACCAAACGAGGUCUUGAUGGUCAUCAGAGAAUUCACACAGGAGAAAAACCAUACGAGUGUCCUCACUGUGAGAUGAGAUUCUCACAAAAUGCCUGUUUGAAGAAACAUGUGUUUAUACACACAAAUGAGAGACCAUAUCAGUGCAGUCAAUGUGACAAAGCCUUUAGGGAUUCAGGUUGUCUAAAGUCACACCAAAAAACACACUCUGAAGAGAAACGCUUUCGCUGUUCACACUGUGAUAAACGUUUCAGUCUAAAAUGUAAUCUGAGAGUCCAUGAAAGAAUUCACACCGGAGAGAAACCUUACUUCUGCUCGAUCUGUGACAAGAGCUUCACUACUCUAAGUGCUAUUAUUGUUCAUCAGAGAAUUCACACUGGAGAGAAACCUCAUCACUGUAAUCUUUGUGGGAAGACUUUCACUCGACAUGACAAUUUUGUGAAACACACGAGAAUUCAUACAGGAGAAAACCCUUACAAAUGUUCUCAGUGUGAGAUGACGUUUACUGAGUUAGGUCACUUAAUAACCCAUGAGAGACAUCACACUGGAGAAAAACCUUACUAUUGCUCAAUCUGUAGAAAGAGCUUCCCUGAUCCAUCUCAUGUGAAAGUUCAUCAGAAAGUUCCUACUGGAGAAAAACCUCAUCACUGUAGUGUUUGUGGAAAGAGUUUCAGUCGACAUGACAGUUUAGUGAAUCACCAGAGAACUCAUACAGGUGAAAAACCUUACAAAUGCUCUCAUUGUGAGAAGACGUUUGCUCUUUUAAAGUCCUUAAAAGUUCAUGAGAGAAUUCACACCGGAGAGAAACCUUACGUCUGCUCGAUCUGUGGAAAGAGCUUCUCAAGUCCAUCUAAUUUCAGACUUCAUAAGAGAGUUCACACUGGAGAGAAACCUCAUCAGUGUAGUGUUUGUGGGAAAAGUUUUAGUCAACCUCAAAGUUUAGCGUCACACCAGAGAAUUCAUACAGGUGAAAAACCUUACAAAUGCUCUCAGUGUAAUAAGACAUUUGCUUAUUCAUCAUCCUUAAAAUCCCAUGAAAUACUCCACACAGGAGAGAAACCUCAUCAGUGUAGUGUUUGUAGGAAGAGUUUUAGUCAACCUCAAAGUUUAGCGUCACACCAGAGAAUUCAUACAGGUGAAAAACCUUACAAAUGCUCUCAGUGUGAGAAGAGGUUUGCGCGAUCAAAUGAUCUGAGAAUCCAUCUAAGAGUUCACACAGGAGAGAAACCUUACCAGUGCUCAAUCUGUGGACAGAAAUUCACUUAUUCUGGAAGUUUUCGUGCCCAUCAGAAGAAACAUACCGAAGAACAAACUACACUGAAAACAUAGUGAAUCUAUACACGCCAGUCAAACCUACAGUGCUUUAGAGAAGUGGUUCUCAAACUGGGGCUGUGAGAUUGUGCCAAGGGGGCUCGAGUUUUAUGAAAUUUUAAAAAUACAUGUAUCAUAAAUUCUGUGUAAAUAAAAAUCAGAAAAGUAA